CUCUCGUCAAUUCAUUAUUCCUUGUUUAUCCCCCUUCUUGAAUCCUAUUCUCACGUUCUCCUGGGAGCUUCACCAUUAUGGCUGCAGAUGUAAGCCACACUGCGGCGCAAAUCCUAUCCACCGACAGUGCGCGCGACCCGAGCUACGAUGAAUUCUCCUUCCUACCUUUCCUCCGCCAGAACUUCAGCUUCGGCCUCGCCAGCGACGUCCCCGUCUGCAAAGCCUACAGCGAGGGCCACUGCCCUCUAGGACCGGCAUGUCCGGAUCGCCAUCCCACACCGUCGCGAGUCACGACGUCCACCACGACCGCCUCCGGACUGGCACCGUCCACCACUCACGGAUCGCUUGUCUGCAAGCAUUUCCUCAAGGGUCUCUGUAAAAAGGGCCUGAAAUGCGAAUACCUACACGAAUACAACCUUCGACGGAUGCCGGAAUGUCAGUCCUUCUCGCGGUCCGGCUACUGCCCCAACGGCGACGAUUGCCUCUACCAACAUGUGCGGGAACAAGCCCGACUCCCCCCCUGCGAACAUUACGAUCGGGGAUACUGUCAGCUGGGACCUCUAUGCGCGAAGCGUCAUGUGCGUCGACGCAUUUGCCAGUACUAUCUGGCGGGAUUCUGUCCGGAGGGUAAAACCUGCGUCCAUGCCCAUCCACGAUGGACCGAGAAUCUCCCGCGACCUUCUGUGCGGGUCGAGAAGAGCGAAGAGGAACUGGAGCGCGAGAAGAUCUUGAUCCGGGAGGAGCAAGAAAGGGAGAAGGAACGGGAGCGAGAAUGGAGGUCCGAACGUGGCCGCGGCGGGGGGUUCAUGCGCGGUCGGUUCCGGGGACGAGGACGUGGUUAAGACUUUUCCCAGACGGAGAGACUCUGGCGAGCAUUUGGUGUUGAAUUUUGAAGUUUCUACGAUCAUCUAAAGAUACCCUAUUCGAGGCAUUUAACAGUUAACCCUACCCACGGGAAGAGCCAAUGCGAUUUGUACCAAUGGC